UUUGAAAUUAAUACACAGGCGACACAGGCACACGAACACCGGAAGGUACUUUAGGAAGAAUCAUAAAUACACUCUCAGUGCAAAUAUAACGCGCUUAAGCAGGGAGAAGAAGCCACAUUAUUAUUCUCUGUCAGGGAAUCUAAGGAGCCAGUGUGAGCCGGUGAGAAUGGCGCCACUUCCGGGUGCGGAGCUCGUGCGGACUCCGGUGCAGCUUUACCGCUACCUGCUACGCUGCUGCAAACUGCUGCCCAGUCCGGCCAUGCAGACACACUACCGACACACUGUCCGCCAGAGUUACAACAGCCACGCAGAUGAAGACGACCCAGAACGAAUUCGCAUGAUCGUCCAGCGAGCUAUUUCUGAUGCUGACUGGAUUUUAAACAAGUAUAUCAAAAAGACAGGAUCACCAGGUCAGGAUGAAACGGGACAAAACAACUCUGAUCGAAGGUGAUGCUACGCGGGAUUACUUUAAACCCCAUAGAAAGCCAUACUGUGUUUAUUAUCAGUCACUAUUGUAGACCAGGGUUCCAAGGGAAUAAUGAAACAUUUUUAAUACCAUAAAUAUAUAAUACAUAAAAAAAUAAAUGUACAUAAAAAUAACUUAGUACAUACUGACCAACUGUAUAUUUGUGUGAAAAUGUCAUAGAAACAAUUCAGUUGAACCAUGCUGUUAGCUUCUGGACCUCUGGUUGCAUCAUGUGAAUAAUGUGUAUUCAUUUCCAUUGUAUAUAAUGAAUAUCUAAUGAACAUCAUGAGCUUUGAUUUGUCAGCACUGAUGAAAUCUAUGGCUGAACUCUAUGAUUGAUUAUUUUUUUUUCUCUCAUUUGAAAACUGUCUGACCAUUGAAAUAAUAAAACAUAAUCAUACCCAGUGAACAGCAGUGACUAAUGGCAGACAAACAUGGUGUAUGUGCUUUAUUAAAUAAAGUCAUGAAUCAGAAUA